GUUUUUUUUAUAUAUAAGAAACCAGUUUAAAAAAAAGGGAAAGAAAACCAACACAAACAAAUGAUAAUCGUCAGCUUUCCUCUCUAGAUUCGAUUCGGAUUCAAUCUGCCUAGAAAAUCAAUCUCCGUGUGUCUUCUUUGAUCGCUGAGCGACGCCGCAUCUUCCUCGCCGGCGGCGCCGAUCAUGCAGGUUGAGAGGAGAAGAAGGUGUAACCAGGUUCUUCUCUUAGAAUAUCAGAGUUUCGGUCUAGUGUUUGGAGAUUUGAGUAUUUCUCCUCUUGUGUAUAAAUGUACAUUCUACGGAGGAUAGAAAGAUUACCAAUCCGAAGAUACGAUAUUUGGCGCGUUUUCUUUGAUAUUUUGGACAAUAACUCUCCUCUCACUCAUCAAGUAUAUGGUUUUUGUAUUAAUUGCUGACGACAAUGGUGAAGGUAGAAUUUUCGCAUUGUAUUCGCUGCUCUGCAGACACGCAAGAUUGUCUUUGCUUCCAAAUCAGCAAGCGGCCGAUGAGGAGAUCUCCACCUACUAUGGCCCUGGGGAUGCGAAUAGGAAUUUGCCCGGUUCUGCCCUCAAAAGUCUUAUAGAACGACGUAAAAGAUCAAAAACAGCUUUGCUUGUCUUAGUCUUGGUUGGAACUUCAAUGGUCAUUACCAUUGGCGUCCUUACACCAGCAAUUUCGGUCUCUUCAUCCAUUGAUGGGCUUAUAGCCAGAACAAGUAUGAAGCACAGUAAGUAACAUUUGCAGUACUGCCUUCUGCUAGUUAGACUUUUUGUUUUGCAGCACAGUGGCACGAAUAAAGUGGCCUUCUUAUUUGCACCUAUCAUGAUCUUGUGGUUGCUGUCUAUCGCAUCUGUUGGUAUGUACAAUAUUGUGACAUGGAAUCCCAGAGUAUACCGAGCUUUAUCUCUUUAUAUCCAUAAGUUCUUCAGAGAGACAGGGAAAGACGGCCAGCUAUCCCUUGGAGGCAUCCUUUUAUGCAUCACAGGAACGGAGGCCGUCUUUGCUGAACUUGGCCAAUUUACGGCUAUAAGGUUUGCGUUCUGUUGUGUUGUUUACCCGUGUCUGGUGCUUCAGUACAUGGGUCAAGCCGCCUUUUUAUCGAAGAAUUUCUCUGAUCUACAUGUAAGCUUUUACCCUCGAUCCCAGGUAAUCAUUGAAUCUAUCUUUAUUUACCGUCUCUGCUUGUUCUGCUUCAGUACAUGGGAUUACAGAACUGUCUUCCUCUCCUCCUCGUGGACGAAAAUCUCGAAAGGUGGUUGGUUCACUCUCCUUCUGUCGGUAAUCUUCACCCUCAUCAUGUACAUAUGGCACUAUGGAUCCCGGAAGAAGUACCUAUACGAUCAGCACAACAAGAUCUCCAUGAAAUCCAUCCUCACUCUCGGCCCGAGCCUCGGGAUAAUCAAAGUCCCUGGCAUCGGUCUGAUCUACACCGAACUUGCCAGCGGUGUCCCGGCCACCUUCACCCACUUUUUGACGAACUCACCCACAUUCUUCCAAAUCGUUGUCUUUGUCUGCAGCAAAACCGUACCUGUCCCUUACGUCCCGCACAAGGAACCGUACCUAAUCGGCCGGGUCGGCCCAAAAACGUACCGGAUGUACCGCUGCAUAAUCUGAAACGGAUACAAGGACUUGAACAAAGAUGUGGACGACUUUGAAGACGAGCUUGUGAUGAGCAUAGCUGAGUUCAUCCAGCUGGAAGCAGAAGGCUCGGGCUCAUACCCCGCAGACAGGUCCAUCGACGGGAGGCUACCGGUGGUCAAAGCAUCGAACAAGUUUGGGACGAGGCUGUCCCGGUUGAUCUCGGAAGCAGAUAGCUCGAGAACUCAGACGACAGUGACGAACAGCAAAUCGGAAGCACUGGUAAGGCUGAAGGAGAAAGAACUGCCGAGGCUGAGCAUGAGGAGGAGGAUACAGUUCAGACCGAUGGACAAGUUCAGACAGCCGGAGGUGAAGGAGGAGCUGUUCGAUCUGGUGGAGGCGAAGGACGCGGAGGUUGCCACCAUUGUUGGGAGUGGUCAUGUGAAGAAGAUUGUUAUAAACGCCGGGGACUCUUUCCUGAGGAAGAACUGUAGGAGCCCUGCUGUUAUUCACAUUUGUCUCGUUAAGGUUGGCAUGAACUAUUCCGUGUAG